UUUGCUUGUCCCCAAGCAAACCCGACUCAAACCAAUGCAACUCUCCAGAACACUAUAGCAACAUGCACCCCCGAUCGUCAGCAGAGGAUUUUCUAGAUCAUUUAGCAACUUACGAGGUCAACUAGUCUUCUAAGACGCCCCCUAUCUCUCUCAAUGCGAGUACUAGACUCAAGCCAAGAUCAUGAGAAGCAGUGGAACUAAGACAGUCAAUUCAUGGAUAAGGAGAUUCACACAAUUCAAAGUAAACCCAGGACUCAUUGUAUCAGGUGCUCUUUCAUUUCAUUUCACUUGUUGGAACCCCUUCGUCUUACUAUUUGUUUUUUUUCUUCUUUUUGGUUUACUUUGUUGGGGUUCCAACUGCAGUUUGUAUGCGCGGUCUGCCCUUAUUAGGUGAGCAAGAGGAAUUUUUGUACAUCUGUCACUCGCCAGAGUACUUCUUUUAACUCCUAUUCCUCACUUCAUGUGUGAGGGUCAAUGAAAUUAAGGGGGGGUCAGAAGCUCUAUCCGUGCCCUUAAAAACACAUCCUCAAGUAGGCAAACCGUUCAACAGGUGGAAAUUUUACUUGUACUAGAGACAACUUAGCUUCACCUUGUAGGCCUACCCCACCAAGGAUCACUAAAAUCUCUUCCAAAACCCGAUUUUGUGCAAUGAACGGUGCCGCACACGUUGGGCUUACCCCAUGUCUUAGAAUUUCAAAUUUUUGACAUGGAGGACCAACUGUCUUUUCAUUUCACACUUGAGCAUCCUUUUUUGAUACACGAGUCCACAACAUAUGAGGAGUCAUCAAUGCCACAUGAAUCAACGGUCCUAAAUUCACUAGUUCACAAAAUCAACCGGCACAGCAGAGAGACAAAUAGGAAAAAUCUUAUACUUCAACAUCCUCCAUAGUGCUACAACAACCUCCCUAGGUUGCAUAUCACCAUAAAGACUUUCAAUUCAAAGCAUACUGAGCAGGAUUUUGCAGAGAACUGUACUUGGAGCCCUCAAUUCAUCAAAUUGGACAGUGGACUAGGCUCCAAGCACACAAACUCAUCUACCAAGUGUAAUCGCAGUGCGGAAAUGAAGUAAUAAGCAAGCUCUAUUUGUCAACCCGAGGUCUAGAUCUACUGCCUACUCCAUGAAUAUCUAUGAUCUAGAAAACUAAUUCGAGUGAUUGUGAUUUUAGCUAAAAGCAGUAAGAAAGCAGGAAAUGGUUCAAAGUUCUAAAGAAAGGGAAGAGUCACUCGGGAAUGAGUCCCCCUAGCUCCUUAGUUAGGUCACAGUUGUAAUUACCUUGGGUUGAUUAACUAUUGAUUAAACUGCGGAAGAUCCGAUAGUAGCUUGGAAUCUCUUAAGCUGACCAAGCCCUCUCAGUCCAACUACCCGGCAGACGACUAGUCUUCACCGGGAUAGAAAGCUAAGGCUAUGAACGCAGAACUCCACUACUGGAAUUGGAUUCCAGUACAAAGCAGCAAAUUGAUUAACUCUCGUAUAAUCAAUCUACCACUACUGAUUGAUGAAGCUCUAACAACCGAAUCAGAUUCUAUCUAUCUCAAGUUGCAGCAGAAAUCAAGAAAAAAUGAUAAGACUUCAAUUGAGUCAAUGAAUCAUGCAUCAAUCGAUUAUAAUCAAUCAGUAUAACAAUCCCAAUUCAUUACAAUUAAGAUCCCUAACACAUGGAACUAGGGUUCUUCAUACCCAAGUGAGAGAAGGUUCUACUCCAUAGAGGGAGAGAGGAAAACAGAAAUCAGAGUAGUCAUACUCAUAAAGAUGAGGAAAAUAUGCUCUGGGAUGAUGAUCUUCACUCCUAUGAUGAUCUCCAAGCUCGAUUGAUGAAACCCAGCUCCAAAAUCACUUCUAGGAUGUGUUCUUUGCACUUUCUCUCUCUAGGACUCUGUUUCUUGCUCAAAAACUCGACCACACGGCCGUGUGGCUUUCCAGUCUGCCCGUAUGGAUGCGAAAACGCGACGUUUCACUUAAUGGGUCUUCAGGCAUGCUGCACGGUCAGAGACACACGGCCGUGUGGAUUUCCAGGCUGGCCGUGUGAGCUCCCUGGACUUUCCACACGGCCACAAGGGGUCCCCUACACGGCCAGUGUGGUUUGCCCGUGCAAAUUGGUGUCACACGGCCAAGUGGAAUUUUAGGCGUGCCCGUGUGGAAUUUCCAGCUUUUCAUCAAACGCCCCAACUUCGUCCAAUCGACCCCGAAUUCGUGCCCAAACCUUCUUUCACGUACUAGGACCUGAAACAUCACAAACAAGAACAACCUAGCGUGAAAUCGGCUUAAAACACGAGAGAUGAGACUCAAACGGUACAGGAAUGGUGGAUAAAAACAUGUGUAUAUAUCAAGUCAUCAACACAUUACUGUCAAAGAAACUAAAUAAUCCAUCAGUAAGCUCUCCAAGCAAGAACAAUCAACCUUUUCAUAUUUACCCUUCCGAAAAUUGCUUUGCGUAACAAUAUAGGUGGAGUAGGUUAGGCGGUUGUCGAGUCCGUUGGGAAUGUUUGGAGAGACGGUGAUGGUUGAGCGUUUAGUAGGCCGGGAGCCCGGGACACUGUUUAUCUUUAAUAAACUCAAAAGUCAACGUAGAAGAUCAACCAAAUGAACUGAUGUUAAGAUAUCGCACAUUACUGUCAAAGAAAUUACAUAACCCACCAGUCGGCUCUCCAAGCAAGAACACUCAACCUUUCCAUCUUUACCCCUUCGAAAAUUGCUUUGCAUAACAAUAUAGAUGGAGGAGGUUACGCGGUUGUCGAGUCUGGUCGGAAGGUUUGGAGAGACGGCGAUGGUUGAGCGUUUAGUAGGUCUGGGCACCAUUUAAACCUGUUUACAUUAGUUGUGCCUUUUCAAUCCGCAUUCGACAAACCAACAUCACUCAACCUUUCCAUAUUUACCCCUCUCUUAAAGACACAUGUCCCCCAUAUUCACUCAAAACUUCUAUGUUCAAAAAUAUUGUUGUUUUAUGGUAGUUAUAUUAUCUAUGUCAAGAAUUCUGCAUCGUUUUUACACAUUCAAUACUGCAAUUCGAUGUGCAUUAUUUGCGACAAUCAUCUAAGCUAUGAAGGGAAGCCUUUACCUAAGUUAUUUGUCAGGACAAUGGCAUUCGAUCAGGCCUCGAAGUAUUAGAGUUGGUUGGUUUAGAGUACUAUGGGUUAAAUAUUUGAUUCCCAAGCACGAGUUCUUGACUUGGUUGGUGCUUCUGAAUCGUAUUAAAACAAGAAUAAAGUUUAAGAAAUGAGAUUAGUAGACUCUGAUCUUCGAAUUUGAUUCGAUUUCUCCAAAUUUGACUGGGAUCGACACGAUUCUCUAUUGGGCAGCUCUCUCUCAAUCAGAACACUAGGUUCUUGUGGAAAUAGUUCAACUCGCGGAUUGACAACUAUGGUGAAGUGAACAUUAUGACAUGUUUUUUAGCGGUCGGGGCGAGACGAGCAUGAGUACUAUCACCGACUGGAGUUGCUCCAUUCUCAAUCCAUUUUUUCUUAAAUUACAAACGAUUUUACUUAAAUGACUUAGAGUUUCAGUUUAAUAUCUCAUAUUUUAGCUACAAUAAGGUCGUAAAUAGAUUUUAAAGUUAAUUUUUUUCUCUAGUAUUUUAACUAGAUUUUCAUGUUAAAGUUGAAAUCUUGAAUUUUUUAAUAAAAAGAUACAUAUUUCAAUUAUUUACCCUUUAAAUCAUAUACUAAUAUAUGUCGAUCAAUUCCGACUAAAACUCCAUAAUAAAUUUACUGGAACUAUCACGAAUCAUAUAUGGAUGUCAUGUGUCACCAUUCCAAAGAGGCAUCGUGUCACCUGGGUCCACUUUGUGGACGGGUGCAACAAUAUCUGAUAUGAGACCAUUGGUUUAAAAAUUCCAUCAUCUUGCUUCUAGUAAAGGCCAGGCUGUCAAACACAGAAUAAAUUUAGCACAUAAGACAUAAAAUUGAUAGUUGAGUCCAAUCAAGUCACGUGUUUCUCGAUUUCUUCAUCUGCAAUUAUUGGAGUACAGUUGGGGAGGAUCUCUAUGCGGAGGUCCAAGCUCUUUUCAUGAUGCAACUUCGAAUACAAUUCGAAGAGUAUU